AUGGGUGACGUUGGACAAGACAGAACCCAAAGAGUGCAUACCCGUGAAGGUCUCCGGAACCCAGGGCAAGUGGAGACUGAGCCAGCGAUCCAGAGAGCCCGGAUGGAGGAGGAACAGAUCAAGAAACUCAACAGAAAAUGUACUUCCUGCAUCAACAAGGUCCACAUCCUACAGCAACAGAAUACCGUGCUGUCGACUCAAUGGGAGUUACUACAGCAACAGCGCUUGGAAAGGGGGAGUCCCCAAAAUACUGAAUCCCUUUUCCAGUCUUAUAUGCAAGACAUGAGGAUGCUGCUAAAUACGGUGCAAGGAGAGAAGGGACAGCUGAUAUUGGAACUUCAGCAACUGAAGGCAGUCACAGAAAAAUAUAAAGAGAGGAACAACAAAGAACUCAACCAACGCACAGCUGCUGAGGAUAAAUUUGCAGCACUGAAGAAGAAUAUAGAUGCUGCCUAUAUGGAAAACAUGGAUUUGGCAGUGAAGGCAGAUUUGUUGAUUGAACAAAUUGUACGCCUGAGAGGUAUUUAUGAAGUGGAACUAACAGAACUUCAGAGAAGAGUCCAGGAUGGCACCAACGACAUUGUCGGCAUGGAUAACCAUAGAGACCUAAAUAUAGACAACUUCCUGGAAGAGGUCAGAUGUCAAUAUGAAGAGAUUGUGCAGAGGAGCAAAGAAGAAGUGGAUGCACGGUACCGAGGCAAAUACGAGGAACUUCAUAUCAUGUGCGGCAUGCACUAUGAAAGCCUGAGCCUCAGCCACCAAGAGAUCCAAGAACUGACCCACCACAUCCGAACACUAAAGAUGGAAAUGGAAAAGCUCAAGAAAAAGAAAACCAGAGUGCAGGAAACCAUUGCUGAUUCUAAGCAACGUGGUGAUAGGGCCAUCCAAGAUGCAAAAGGAAAUCUCCAUGACUUGCAGCAUAACCUUCGGAAGGCCGGAGAUAAGUUGACUCGACUGUUACAAGAUUUCCAGGAGCAACUGAAUGCCAAACUGGCGCUAGAUACUGAGGUCACCAUCUGUAGAAAACAGCUGGCAAGAAGGGAUUACAGGUAG